GCGCCUGUUACAACACCACCAUCUUGUCCUCCCUUCAUCAUGUUCUGGCCGGGGAAUCGUCGUUACUAGUCGCGAACGCGCUCCUUGCACCGCAGCACCUCCCUCCACCGGUUCAUCAGCGCGACGAGACGCGAUCGGUUCACGGCAGCAACAUGGUUUGAUUCCAAGAAGUUUGUGUGCCACCACCUGCUACAUAGAAACACUACCCUCCACAAACCUCCUCUCGCUUCUCCUAGCUCCUACCAUCAGACAACUGCCACAUUCCGCGAAACAUACCCAACUCUAUAGCUUCUGGUACGCUUCGCGCGUCGAUCUUGCGCCACAAUGCCUGUAUAUCUGCUACAUGGCUUCAAGUGGCCGCGUCCACUCAUCCGCAUUCACAUCAUCCUGCAGAACCUCGACGACGCUGCUGCAGAAUGGCUCGUCUCGCCUGGAACGACCCAAUGCCUGCUCGAGAACUUCGACACCCUCUUCCCCGAUCAGAUGAAGCACCUCCCCAACUUGCGAUUCAUUGAGCAAUUUGAUCCGGAAGACGAAUCGUCCACCAACAAUGGACCAAGCCAGCCAUUCGCAUACGUGGCUGAUGUCUGCGUGGAAGUCAAGCUGGGGAUCAACAUCGACGAGUUUCGAGGAAAAGGCGUGACGGGUGAUCAAUGGCAGGCCUUGAUGGAGCUGCGGGACAAGAUCGCACCAGAAGAGAGACCAGGCUGGUUCGUGGUUGUUUGCGGAGACGAGGAGCGCUGGGCACCGCCCACGAUCAACACGCUGAAUCACAGCGUGCGCGCGUCUGAGAAUGGCGUGGUGCAUAACACUGAGCCGGAUACGGAGACUGAGGCGCCAAAGCGGACUUCCGCUGCGGCAUCCCCGGCCAACCCAUCAGUGCUCGACAAUGGGCUGGUGUUGAGCGACAAGAGGAAGAGCAAUCCCAAGGUUGAAGAGUCAAGGGGCUUUCGGAAGUUCAUUGGCGGGUUUUCCAGGCGCAAGAGCCACGCAAACUUGCCCACGCGUACGAACAAAGAGGAUCCUCUGCCGCAGCCUCCUGCGUCGUCCUCCACCGCCACGGAAACAGCUCCACAACUGCCACCAUUGCUGAGGUUAAUGGGAACGCCCGCGCAAUAAGUGCCUUCCCACUCAAUGAGCCGCUGGUCGAGCUCUCAACGUUACCACCUACUCGCGCUGGCGAAGAAAGCAGCAGAUCACGAUCUAUAUCGCCCAUCGAAGAAGUUCCAUCUACUCCGGGCACAGAAUAUUCCGAUGGCGAACCGGUAACAGGCACCCGUUCGGACACGAGUACGCCGAUGGCAUUGCAGAAACGCAUCUCGGAAGUCCCAAGAUUCAAGCCUACGCUCAGCAACCCCAUCCCACCUGAGUUCCGGAGAGCCCAAAGCGUGGUAGUCCGUCGUCCUGUGGCCACACGAGCGUCGCUGCCUCCACUCAAAACUCACAAGUCGGACGAGACUUUGCCGGACCAUGCCAACGACGAUGACCUGUCAGCUCCUGCUCCGUCUGUACUUCCAAAACGAGAAGGUAAACGAGCAUUGCAAAAAGCUCCAGCCGAUCCCUCAGCUGGCCGCCAUUCUUUGUUUCCCAAGAUCGAUACCUCUCGUCCACCAAUGACCCAGACUGAGGUGGUCUCGAACGAGGAGGACGAUGGAGAGUGCGUCGUAAUUACUAUGCAGCCUCGCACUUCUACGCCAGUACGCAAAAAGUCCCAUCGACGUAGUCAGCAUGGAAGUCGCUCGGACAAACUAUCGAGCCACCAUUCGGGAAGACGAUCGAUCGCUUCGCCCAUCAAGGACGAUGGAAGUCCUGGCCCAUCUCGUCCGCGAGGCAGUCGCAACACUGGUCUUUCGAGUCCUCCACGAAAACAUUCGGACGCCGUCGAGAAUUCGGACAGGCCAGCGUUUGGGCAGCGUAUCAGUCAGUUUGAUAUUAUUGCAAAUCAGAUUGAGAACGCGUUGAAUGAGAUGCGGUGAGGAGAUGACAGUAAUAAAUCUGCCGACAACCUGGAAUGUUAUCACGGAUACCGAAGAGAAAUCAACGCAAUUGUCAAAUUCGACAUGAUCCACUCCGUCCCGGCUUUACUGGAAGGAUGCGUCAAGUGCUCUGUGACCAUUCUGCGAUCUUCUGGAUGCCGAUCGGGAGCGGUUGCGGGCCUGCUCUGAAGCGCGUACACUCGCGUGGAAGACGGCCCGCAGCUAUCUUGGUUUUGCACUCUAGGCAUACAACGAUGCAACGCAAAAGCCGAGCCUCAUGCGAACAUAGUGGAAGGACGGCG